AUGCACCACUCACACUCGCUGCACGCCGCCACGGCCAGAACGCCCCGGGAAUACACCCCUCAGUCAACGGUUCAGUUCACCGCACCUCCGAUUGCGAAACGUAGUCAGAGUAUGCAGUGUGCACGUACAGAUGCAGCUCAAAUUAGCUCAUUCAACGCUCCGGAUCUCAACCCCAGUGCACCACUCACACUCGCUACACGCCAUCGCGCCAAUCAAUCUCACAAACUGUCUCACCCCUAA